AUCUUUAAACAAUACCCAAAAAAGAAGAUUAAAAAAUAAUCUCUCUAUGUUAAUUUCCUGACAAAUUUCUCAUGCUUAAGCAUCUCCUGAAUUCAAUUCUUGAGAUACCCUCUUUCUCUUUAUCUAUGAUUCUUUGUCUAUUACGUGCCUGAAAGUGAAACUGUUGGCAAAUUAAUACUUCAAUGAUAUAAAAGCAAAAAGGAGUAUUAUUUUUUCGUUUUCUACUUUCCAUCUCUUUCUUUAUUGGAAGUGAUAUUGGUAGCAGAAAGAAAGAGAGGAGAAGAAGUGGGGAGCUUAGAGCUGCGUUUUAUCCUUUUCUUGUAAAGUUAUGGCUUCUUCAAUUCUUUUUCCGACAAAUUCUAUUACUGGAACUCGAAGCAAGAAUCCUGGGUUCUUGCCCUCUUGUGGUCGACGGUCGGUGGCUCAGGUGGUGAGAACGCAAAGGCUGUCAUUUGUUCGGUCUGCUUUGGACUCUUUGGAGACCAAAGUGUCUGAUAUGAGUGUUAAUGCUCCAAAGGGGUUAUUUCCACCAGAACCUGAACAUUAUAGAGGACCAAAACUAAAGGUGGCUAUUAUUGGGGCUGGGCUUGCAGGGAUGUCAACUGCAGUGGAGCUAUUGGAUCAAGGUCAUGAGGUGGAUAUAUAUGAAUCAAGGUCUUUCAUUGGUGGUAAAGUGGGUUCAUUUGUCGAUAAACGUGGGAAUCACAUUGAAAUGGGACUUCAUGUUUUUUUUGGCUGCUACAAUAAUCUCUUCCGUUUGAUGAAGAAGGUGGGUGCAGAUAAGAAUCUACUUGUGAAGGAUCAUACGCACACAUUUGUGAACAAGGGGGGUAAAAUUGGUGAGCUUGAUUUUCGAUUUAUGAUUGGAGCUCCAUUACAUGGGAUUCGGGCAUUUUUGUCUACAAAUCAGCUUGAGCCAUAUGAUAAAGCAAGAAAUGCUCUGGCUCUUGCCUUAAGUCCUGUUGUGAAGGCCCUUGUCAAUCCAGAUGCAGCAAUGAAGGAUAUAAGGAAUUUAGAUAGUAUCAGCUUCUCUGAUUGGUUUUUAUCAAAAGGCGGCACACGCACGAGUAUCCAAAGAAUGUGGGAUCCUGUUGCCUAUGCACUUGGGUUCAUUGACUGUGAUAACAUCAGUGCCCGUUGUAUGCUCACUAUAUUCUCAUUGUUUGCCACUAAGACAGAGGCUUCCUUACUACGCAUGCUUAAGGGUUCUCCGGAUGUUUACUUGAGUGGUCCCAUUAGAAAGUAUAUUGAAGAUAAAGGAGGCAGGUUUCAUUUAAGGUGGGGAUGCAGACAGGUACUUUAUGAUAGGUCUGCUGAUGGAGAAAUAUAUGUCACAGGGCUCGCCAUGUCAAAGGCUACCAACAAGAAAGUUGUAAAAGCUGAUGCUUAUGUAGCAGCAUGUGAUGUCCCUGGAAUUAAAAGAUUACUUCCAUCCCAGUGGAGGGAAUCUCAGUUUUUCAAUAAUAUAUAUGAACUAGUUGGAGUACCUGUUGUCACAGUGCAACUUAGGUAUAAUGGCUGGGUCACAGAAUUGCAGGAUCUUGAACGAUCAAGGCAAUUGAGGCAAGCUCUUGGUUUAGAUAAUCUUCUGUACACUCCAGAUGCGGACUUUUCUUGUUUUGCAGACCUAGCACUCACUUCUCCAGAAGAUUACUACAUUGAAGGACAAGGUUCAUUGCUCCAAUGUGUCCUUACACCAGGUGAUCCUUACAUGCCCUUGUCAAAUGAUGAAAUCAUAAACAGAGUCUCUAAGCAGGUUCUGGCUUUAUUUCCAUCAUCCCAAGGCUUAGAAGUUAUCUGGUCAUCUGUAGUAAAAAUUGGGCAAUCCUUAUAUCGCGAGGGACCUGGAAAAGAUCCCUUCAGACCAGAUCAAAAGACACCUGUAAAAAAUUUCUUCCUGUCUGGCUCUUAUACAAAACAGGAUUACAUAGACAGCAUGGAAGGAGCAACUUUAUCUGGUAGACAGGCUUCAGCAUACAUAUGUGAUGCUGGUGAAGAUUUGGUAGCAUUGAGGAAGAAGCUUGCUGCCAUAGAAUCUCCAGAAAUCGGGCCGUCUUCUCCAGUCACUGAUGAGCUGAGUCUUGUAUAAUAGGUGGUAGCAGAUACCUUCUUUUUUCUUUUUUCUUUUUUUUUCUUUUUCCUUAUUUAUGUAAAAUUGAAAUGAAAUAUAUUUUGCCAAUAUAAAAAUUAGUUUCAAACA